AUGUUGAGAGCUCGUCAGUUCUCCCGUGCAUUGCAUGCCACCUCAAGACACCAACAGGUUCGUCGGGUCUUUUCAUCGUCCGUCCGUGGACUACAAACGUCUGGACUUGACACAACGAACAAAUCGCGUGAACUGUCGACGGUACCACUAAAGGAUGAGCACAAACGCUCACCACCGAAAACCACAGACAAGUUCAUUGGUAAGACAGGAGCUGAAAUCUUUCACGAAACAUUGGCAGAGAUGGACGUGGAAUGCGUCUUUGGCUACCCGGGCGGCGCUAUCUUGCCGGUAUUUGACGCUAUUCACGAGAGCAAACACUUUGACUUUAUCCUUACAAGGCAUGAGCAAGGCGCUGGUCAUAUGGCUCAGGGUUAUGCUCGUGCAACUGGGAAGCCUGGUGUUGUGCUUGUGACCUCGGGACCAGGCGCUACCAACACUGUUACACCUUUGCAGGAUGCACUCAUGGAUGGCACCCCUAUUGUGGUCUUCAGUGGUCAAGUGGCUACGCAGGUGCUAGGCACGGACGCCUUCCAGGAGGCCGACAUUUUGGGUAUCACUCGACCGUGCACCAAGUGGAAUGUACAGGUGCGUGACGUGCGUGACUUGGCACGCAACAUCCGCGAGGCUUUCCACAUUGCAACGACUGGUCGUCCAGGACCUGUGCUGGUGGAUCUGCCCAAGGACAUUACAGCUGGAUUAUGCAAGAGUCCCGUUGCCACUGAGCCGCAACUUUUGGGUUACUAUGGCGAGAAGAAGAUUGAGGGCAACCGUGUGAACCAGGACGCGAACUUGGCAGCUGCUGUCAAGAUGAUCAACAAGGCGAGAAAGCCUCUGAUCUUUGCUGGUGCAGGUGCACUCCAUGCUAGCAAGGAGCUGCGUGCUCUUGCGUGCCAGGCAAACAUUCCCGUGACCACGACACUGCAGGGAAUGGGCACCUUUGAUGAGCGCGAUCCUCUCAGCCUGCACAUGCUGGGUAUGCACGGUUCGGUAUACGCCAACAAAGCCAUGCAAGACGCUGACUGCAUCAUCGCCCUUGGGGCACGCUUUGAUGACCGUGUGACGGGUCGUGUGCCGGACUUUGCGCGUGAAGCACGCCGUGCUUCUGCCGAGGGGCGUGGUGGCAUCAUUCACUUCGAAAUCACGGGCAAGCAGGUUGGCAAGAUCGUGCCUGCCGAUAUUGCCGUGCUCGGCGACACCAAGUACAACCUGCAGCAGAUUCUACCCAUGGUCGAGUCCAAACCGCGUAGCGAAUGGCACAAGAAGCUACAGGGAUGGAAGGCAAGGUAUCCGUUUCGUUACCGCCCGGCUGCUCCCGGUGCAUCAAUGAAGGCGCAGCGAGUUAUUGAAGAGCUGUACCAGCAGACGAAAGGCCGUGAUGACGUGCUGAUUACAACGGGCGUUGGCCAGCACCAGAUGUGGGCUGCUCAAUUCUACAGAUGGUCGCAUCCAAACACAAUCAUUACGUCCGGUGGUUUGGGUACGAUGGGUUUUGGUCUUCCUGCUGCAAUUGGCGCCAAGGCGGGCAAGCCUAAUUCCAUCGUUGUCGACAUUGACGGCGAUGCGAGUUUCUCCAUGACGCUUUGCGAGAUGGCGACUGCUGCCGAGUUUAACAUUGGCGUGAAGGUGUUGCUGCUCAACAACAAUUUCCAAGGCAUGGUCAAGCAGUGGCAGGACUUGUUCUACGAGGAACGGUACUCUGGUACUAAGAUGAACAACCCGGACUUUGUCAAGUUUGCCGAGGCUAUGAACUGCGAAUCUUUUCGUUGCUCAGAGGAAGACACGCUGGAGGAAGACAUGGCCCGGUUCCUUGCUGCCGAGGGUCCUAUUUUAGGUGAGUUUAUGGUUGAAAAGAACGAGCACUGCUACCCGAUGGUCGGAGCAGGUCGUUCACUGGACGAAAUGAUUAUCGGCGACUUUGACGACUGCUCGGGCACCACCUCGGUCUAA